AUGACGACUAACCCAACGGCUGUCCUGGUGCUAUGCGGCUUCUUGGUGGGCGUUGUCUACAAAUUUUCCGAAGAUCUAGGAAUCACGCGUACACUAGCUCGCAAAGAGGGCCUCGAAAAAUACCUGAAUACCAAAUGCAUCGAGGAAUUUCAUAUUCUGCUAAAUUAUCACGUCCAGCUGGCGAGGGCGUAUAAAAAUUCCCCGAAAUUCGGCUUCACCUGGAUCGCUGAGUUGGUACAUGGAAACGCGAAUUUCCUCUGGCACACCGACACCUUUUUCGAGAAAUUCUUUCGUGACAAUGCAAAGACGUUUGCCAACUCGUUUGUGUUUUUCAUGGGUGACCAUGGGGCCAGGAUGGGGCCGACGGUCAACACUCCGUUAGGUCAGCGAGAAAUCAACAACCCGAUGCUGGUGAUGACAGUUCCGGAAUUUUUGAGGGACAACGAUGAGCUUAUGAACAACCUCAAAGAACAAUCCGUCAACCUGCUCACUCACUACGAUAUCUACGCGACUCUCCAGGAUAUUCUCAAGAAUGCCCAUUACACAAACUAUACAAAAUUCGACUACGAGCCGAUCCUAAACCCAAAUCCAAACAAUGGGACGUCACUAUUGAGGCCGCGAGGCCCGUUUUCGGAUAGAAAUUGCCAACGGAUUCCAAUCAAUGGAGACUACUGUCUAUGUCACUUUAAUAAAACGGACAAGAACUAUCGAGAUAUGGCUAGCUUUGCGGUGAGGACAAUAAAUGAGUAUUUGGAGAGGGAGGAGCUAUUGGAGCUGUGUGUUCCGCUGUCUUUAAUAAGGCGAAUCCGCAUCGAUUCUGACAACGGCCACCCGAAAUUUGUGGCCUCCGGCUACCCUGUACGCCUAAAUCAAAAAUGCUAUGCCAUUCUGGCUGCUUUUCAAGUCCUCCGGACGCCGGCCAUGAUUCUGACGAUCUUCCUGCUCCUCUUCGACACCGGGAUUUAUGCUGAGGAGAUGUCCUACGACCAACCGACAUGCGUGCACAACCUCUGCAACGCGACCGCACUGUACGGUUAUUUGGGAGCUUUAAAUUGCUACCCGGGCGAUCGUUCCCUCGACCUCGUCUGCCCCGGGUCGAAGAACGAGCCGCGCGGUGAAAUCAACUACCAAUUCACUGGUUACCGGACGGUGCAGCACAAGUCGUUCUUCUGGCUGAACGGCAAGGACGUUCGCCGUGAGGACAUCACUCGCUGCGUUGACCCGCUGGAAUUUGACGAGAAGCUGCUCAAGGAGCGCCCCAGGGAGCAGAUGGCGACGGACCACGAGUGGCACGGUGUGAACUGCCAGACGUGGUCGGACAAAUGGGGAUGUCUGGAAUGCCCGUUUCAAUAUGAGCCGGGCAAUCGGAGUUGGAGCAUCCAGAAUCAGCUGAAUGGCACGUACACCACCUGCAACCCCUUGCCCUACGACCAGAACGCCAUCGACGACCUGGCCCCGAAAACGUUCGGCAACGCCAGCAGAAUCGCCUUGCCCGCCGGGAGAUAUUGCCCAGACGGCUACUUCCGAUAUGGGCCCUGGAGCAGAUGCUCGACCUGCACACCCGGCUGCCUGAGGUGUACGGACGAAAAAAGCUGCCUCUUAUGUGAGAUCGGCUACCAACCGUCGCUGAACAACCAGCUCUGCUCAACAGCCAGCAGGACCAUGUGCCCGGGAGGCUUCUUCGCGCAGGAUGGGCAAUGCAAAAAAUGCUCAUACAUCACGCCGCACUGCGAGAAAUGCGAUAAGCAUGGCGUUUGCCUAAGUUGCGGUGACUCGCUGGUGCUGGCCCACGGGAAGAAUGGCAUGGUGUGCUUGGAUUUGUGCGUCAGGGGCACCUACUACGAUGUGUUCACAAAGCAAUGCACCCAGUGCCCGAGCUGGUGUUCCCGCUGUUUGAGGAUGAGCAGCUUCUACACGAAGAAGAUUCUCACCCAGGAAACCGACCUGCCCGACGAGUUCGUCGAGUACGUGCGGCGGCUGCGCGACUGCAUGCCGUGCCUCGACCCGGACCGCUGUCUCCGAUGUGAUUGGUACCUGGGCAGCAACCGAACUAACGACCAGCAUUUGAUCCCGGUUAUGUACGCCGAAGCGCCCUACAUGUAUCCGCACAAAGAUGAAGUGAAAGUUUCCUGGUUUUGCGCCGGGCAGGACAACUGCGCGCUGAUCCCGUGGAAUGAGGAAAAGUUGAUCCGACGCCGCGCGAUCUCCGACGUGACGCAACUGAUGGUCGCCCGUCGCCACGCCCGUUCAACUACGGACCUCCGUGGCCCGCAAGUACCGGAAAAGCUGGCCUCACCCGACGACAUCGAACAGCGCAACCCGUUGAUGAAUCGCCGCAUCAUCAUCCGUUACAUUCUGAAGCGGAAGUUAGCCCAGAAGCCGAAACCGCCCGAGGUCAUCAAGGGGCCGUCAUAUAGCAUCUCAACCACCCAAGUCAGCCCCCCGACGGAGUCCCCGAAAAAGAAGGGCGCCACCGACUCGGGCAAGUCGGGAAAAUCCGGGAAAUUGUCGAAGCACUCGCGCGUCUCGGCGAAGACGUUCAAGGAGGUGUUGUUCUCGCCGGUGCCGGAGAGUUUGGAGAUUGAUGCUACGAUCGUGCCGACGGCGUCCCCCGAGGGCAACCACUUUGGCAAGAGCCCCCUAAAAGCCGACAAGAAGCCGCCGACCCCGCAGAAGAACCGCUCUGGCCUCCUGCCGCCCGCCAACCGCAAGCCGUCCAUCGGCCAUCUUGACAGGAUGGCCUACGAUCAACCCACCUGCCUGCACGACUUCUGCAGGCUAGAGCCAACCUACCCGGACGAUCAUUCCCUCGAUCUCGUGUGUCCAGGCGCAAAGGACGAGGCGCGCGGCCAAAUCAACUACAACUUCACUGGUUACCGUACGCUGCGCCACAAGUCGUACGUCGUGGUUAACGGGGUGAGGGAGCCGACACGUCUCGAUCAAACCCGCUGCUUCGACCCGCUGGAGAAACCGGACGGGUAUACGAUGCUGACGACGGACAACGAGUGGUACGGCGUGAAUUGCCAGACGUGGAGCGAAAAAUGGGGAUGUCUGGAGUGCCCGUUCGGCUACCGCUACUCGGAAGAUGAUCGGAUAUGGAACUCGCAGCUACAGAUGAACGGCACCUACACGACAUGCAGCGCGCAGCCCUACAAGGAGGAAGUAGCCGCCGUCAUGGCCCCGACCAACUUCCAGGAGGCCAUCAAGCUCACCCUGCCCAAUGCCAGAUUUUAUGGACCGACGAAUCGCCACUGCUACGGCUGCAAGUCGUUCGGCAUGCUCGACGCGGACAACAUGCAGUACGUCAUGCCGCUCCUCGGCGUCUCGAGGACGAUCUACGGCGUCGAGCUGCCCGACUUUUUCACCAAGGACGCGGGCGAGCGGGCGAAGAUCGUCUACUCGGCCCUGUUCGGCAACCUGGAGAUGUACUGGAGUUAUUGGCAUAGGAGAAUUCGACGACGUGCCAUCGCAGAUGUGGCGCGAUUCGUGGUCGCCCGCCGCCACGCCCGUUCAACUACCGAUCUCCGCGGGCCACAAGUGCCGAAAGCCAUGGGUUCCGCCGACGAAACUGAACAUCGCAACCCGCUGAUGGACCGCCGCGUCAUCAUCAGGCACAUUUUGAAACGGAAGCUGGCCCAAAAGCCGAAGAUGCCCGAGGUUAUCAAGGGGCCGUCAUACAGCGUCUCUGCCACCCAACCCAGCCCACCGACGGAGUCGCCGAAAAAGAAGGGCCACACCGACUCGGGCAAGUCCGGCAAGUCCGGGAAAUCCGGCAAGCAGUCGAAGAACUCGCGCGUCUCAGCGAAGAGCUACAAGGAGGUGCUGUUCUCGCCGGUGCCGGAGAGCCUGGAGAUUGACGCGACGAUCGUGCCAACGGAGCCCGCCGAAGUCAGCCCGUUCGGCAAAAGCCCGCUGAAGCCAAUUACGCGUCAAAGCGAACCCGACAAGAAGCCGCCGACCCCGCAGAAGAAGUCCGGCAUGCUACCGCCCAUCGUCCGCAAGGCGUCCACCGGCCAGAGCGACCACAUUGGUGACAAGAAGAAGUCGUCGAACAGCGCCGAGGUGUCGGCCGGAAUCAGCGCGGGUUCCGGCGCUGGGGCCGUCGCCGUCAAAUCACCGCAGCGGUUCCCCGGAAAUCGCACGAAAAGCCGUCACGACAACCGUCAAAAGUCCCGCCGCUCCCAGCCCUCCGGCGCCCGUUCUGGCCGCCAGCUUCAA